AUGGCCGAGCUCAACAAACUGAUCGUGGCGAGCGGUGACGCACCGGCGCCCAACAGUCCCGGCCAGCUCAGCAGCUGGAACUCGCUGUCGUCGGAGCAGGCGCUGCAGCUCGGCCUGUCGGCGCUGCAGUCGAUCGAGACGCUGCGCGCGCUGCGCCUGGACAGCCCGAGGCGCGCGAAGUCGGCGCACGCCAGCGCUUUUGCGCGGCUGCUGCGGCUCAGCAAGCGACCGCAGUCCAACCGAGACUCGCCGGAGUCGUACAGCCCGUCGCAGCUCAGUGCGUGGAACUCGGCGUCCAGCAACCGGGCGCAGAGGCUGGGACAUCAGGCGCUGCAGGUGUUGCAGGCGCUGCAGACGACUAGCGCGCGACGCCGUCGUGUCGCCGGCACAAAGCGUAACGCUCGCCAGCUAUCGGAGAAGGCGCUGCCCGGCUGCUCCGUGCAGAAGGAGCCCGUGUGCGACCGCAACGCCGUCUUCCGCACCGUGUCGGGCGAGUGCAACAACCUGCGCCGGCCGACGCUCGGCCGGUCGCUGACUGGUUUCCGCCGGCUGCUGCCCAACACGUUCGACGACGGCUUGUUCGAGCCGCGCUCGAAGGCGAAGCGCGGCGGCACGCUGCCCAACCCGCGCCUCAUCAGCCAGCGCACCAUGGACUCGAUGUCGGUGGCGGCGUCCGGCUUCACCGCCUCGCUGAUGCAGUGGGGCCAGUUCAUCGACCACGACCUGACGCAAGCGCCCGUGUUUCGGCUGGAGUCGGGCGACGGCAUCGAAUGCUGCAAGCGCAACGGCCAGGAGUUCCCGAGCGAGCCGCGCCACCCGCUCUGCAUACCGGUGCGGAUCUCCGAGUCCGACCCCUUCUACAGCCGCUUCGGGCAGCGCUGCAUGAGCGUCGUCCGCUCGCUGCCGGCGCCCGAACCCGACUGCCACGCGCGGCCCGCCACGCAGCUCAACGCACUCACCGACUACCUGGACGCGUCGAACGUGUACGGCAGCCGGGAAGAGCAGCUGGCGGAGCUGCGCUUGUUCCGGCGCGGCCUGUUGCGCUCUGGGAAGGGUGGCCUGCUGCCCGCGCGCGGCACGGAACCGUUCCGGCCGCCAGGCGACGCUGGCCGGCGCCAGUCGCGCAAGGGCGAGCCGCCGAACGGCCGGUGCCGCGGCACCGUGUGCUUCCGCGCGGGCGAUGAGCGAGCCAACGAACAGGGCAGUCUGACCGUCGUCCACACUGUGUUCAUGCGCGCGCACAACAACGUGGCGCGCGCGCUGCGCCGCAACCACCCCAACUGGGGCGACGAGCAGCUGUUCUCCGAGGCGCGCCGCGUGCUCACGGGCCAGUGGCAGCACAUGGUGUACAACGAGUGGCUGCCACUGGUGGUGGGGCAUGAGUUCGCGCGCGCCCACGGCCUGCUGCCGCUCGAGAGGGGCUUCUCGUCGUUGUACAACGCCGACAUCGACGCGCGCGCCACUGUCGAGUUUGCAUCGGCCGCUUUCCGCUUCGGCCACUCGAUGGUCCUCGAUUCGUACGAGCUGCUCGACGCCCGCGGCCGGGUUCGCAGCAUCAACCUGACCAGCACCUUCUUCGAGCCGUCGUCGGUGAGCAGCGGCCUGAUGGACUAUGCACGCAUGCUGGUCGCCAGCCCGUCAGACGCGGUCGACAUGAGCAUUGUGCCGGCGGUGCACGGCAACCUCUUCAACGCCGGAGGACCGCACGGACUCGACCUCAUCACGCUCAACAUCCAGCGCGGCCGCGACCAUGGCGCGCCAUCCUACGUCAGCGCCCUGACCGCCUGCACGGGCGCCGACGUCCAGCACUGGGGUGACCUCAACAAGGUCAUGUUCCCGUUUGCGCUCGAACGGCUGCGUGAAGUGUACGACCAUCCCCACGAUGUGGAUCUGUUCGUGGGCGGACUGGGCGAAAUACCCGCCAAAGACGCCGUGGUCGGCCCUACCUUCCGGUGCCUGAUCGCCCAGGGCUUCUUCGACGUCCGCUACGGCGACCGCUUCUUCUACGACAAUGGCGGCUUCCGGCACAGCUUCACAGCGCGGCAGCUCGCCGAGAUCCGCAAGAGCAGCUGGGCCGGACUCCUCUGCGACACGCUGGGCCGCGACUCGGGCGGCAACUUCAACCACGUGCACCCGCUCGCCUUCCGCUCCGCAGCCGGCUUCAACCAGCCCGUCGACUGCGACUCGCUCGCCAUCUCGCGGCCCGAUCUGCGCGUUUUCUAA